AUGUGUCAAUCGUAUCGUCAAAUGGAAAACCCCCAAAAUCGUAUUACCGCUAAAGAAAUGGGCCUCAAGUGGAAAUCAAUGAGUGCAAGGGACCGUAAACCCUACGUCGAUAGUUCAAUUCGCAAGAAAGAGCAAUUCAAGCUAGAGAAUCCAAAUGUAAAAAGAAAGCGUAAACGUUCAGUUAGGAGAAAGAAUUUAAAAUUCGUGAAUAAUUCUCCGGAAACAAUACAAUUGGAACAAACUAAAAAAGAAUGCAUGAAACUAUAG